AUGGGUCGACCCGUAGCGGAUGCAUGUAGGGAUUUAAUAAGUCCUCUACCGGUAGAGGUAAAGCACAGAAUUUUGGAGCGUUUGUCCAUCCGAGACGCUGCCAGAACUGCUCUACUCUUAACCCAUUGGAAUCAUGUUUGGUUGCAGUAUGGGAGGCUUUCGUUCGAUUGGGACUUCUCAAAUAGUGUCGAUGAUGAAGGCAGAACUCUGGUUGACAUAAUAAAUAAUAUUCUCCUUUCUCGUGCUGGACCGGUUAAGGAAUUUUGUCUAAUGAUUGAAAAUUAUUAUCCUGAGUUGAGGCAGUCUGAUUUCCAUAGGUGGUGUCUUUUUCUAUCAAGAAAUGGUAUGGAGGAGCUUAACAUACGAUUUAUAAUUUGCGGAGGAGCUUUAUCAUAUAAGCUGCCAUUUUGUAUACUCUCAUGCCGAACAAUUAAGCAACUGAGUGUCCGUGGUCUCUUUAUUGAUUUGCCGGUAAAUAAUGUUGGUGGUAUAUUUUUUAAUGUCACUUCAUUAUCUUUCUCGUUUGUUGAAUUUAGACGCACUGCUAAUGGAACUGCCUCUAGUAUUAGUAUUCCAAACCUUGAGAAGCUGGAUUUCCUAUAUUGUGAAGGGAUUACUAAAUUUGAGAUCAACGCUUCAAAACUUGAAAUGUUGUCUGUUCAUAAUUCAAUGCAUGAUGUGGUUGAAUCAAGAUGGUUGACACCACAUUUGAAAGCAAUUAAGGUUCUUGGGUUGUGUGGCUCUUCCUUGCCGCUCACCAUUGUUAUGCAAUUGCUUCAAAAAUGCCCCAACCUAUGUGAACUGGGAAUUAUAGCUGAUGAGGCAGCAUGCAGACCUGAUAAAGAAGUUGCUUCAAGACGUUUGGAGGAUCCAGAUGGUUGCUUUAUUGUGCAGGAGCUAAAGAUGCUUAACACAAUCAGAAUUGAAUCAUUUAGUGGAUCAGCAUUCGAAAUGCUUUUUGUAAAAAUGCUACUCUCAAAAUCCCCCGCACUAGAGAAAGUUGUUAUUAUGGAAUUUGGUCAUAUUGACACAUCCAUAGCUUUCAAAAGCCUAAGGGAAUUGUUGUGCUUUCCUCGUGCAUCUCCAAAAGCCCAAAUUGUUUGCAUGGAACACGAUGGCUCCAUGUUGGGUUGGGCCAUGGGCAAAUUGUGGUCAAUGGGGACUUGUUAG